GUUUGGGGGGGGCUUGCUUCGGUUGACAUGACGUACCCACCAGCGUCACUUCGCCUCCACCGUCUCCUCUUGCUUCCCGCCUUGCUCUGCUCUAUCUGAUCGUGCCUUCGCUUCCAUCAGUCUCUGCGUCGCACAUCAAGCGCUCUUCCCUCUCCUCCCCCACCACCACAUCUCCCUUCCACCCUUCUUCUCCCUGCAUACCCGCUCAUGCUCCCCCUCUGUUCCGCCCUCUCCUCUUGACCCAGGCUCUUCGAUUGAUAAGCAGCCGACGGAGCACGCAGUCUGACCAUGUCGACCAUUCAGAACCUCAAGAACUUCAUCCGCCAUGGCAAGCAAGCCCGAGACGGCCGCUCGCCGCACGACCAAGCCACCACCCACGUUUCCAACGUGCACGCCCAGCAGCAUCGCGGCGUCGCACAGCACAAUGGCGGGCCCGCCGACUACGGCAUGAGCGAGCCCAACAUCCAAGACCACCGAUCACCACACCCCGCUCCACCCCAACAACCGCAAGAAGCCUACUCAGCAGCACCCGGCGACAACCGCAACCAGGCCGCCAAAGCCGGGCAUGCCGCCGCCAACGCCGCAGAGGCCCAGCAGAAACGAGAUCAAAAGGCGAAAGACUACGAUCCGUCUGUGCUCGAAAGAAUCGUGGCGGAAGAGCGGGAAAGCAAGGGCAAGCUGCCCCGAUAUCCUGGUCUGGAGCGCUGGACCCUCGUGGAGAAGAUGGGCGACGGCGCCUUCAGCAAUGUCUACCGCGCCCGCGAUAACAACCACCAAUACCCCGAGGUUGCGAUCAAGGUGGUGAGGAAGUUUGAGAUGAAUUCAACGCAGGGCAAAGGGGUCAUGCACCCGGACUAUGAAAACAAAGCGACCAAGACCGUGGAGCGCGCCAACAUCCUGAAAGAGGUCCAGAUCAUGCGGCAACUCGACCACCCCAACAUUGUCGGCCUCGUCGACUUCUCCGAAUCCCGCCAAUACUAUUACAUCAUCUUGGAGUUGUGCCCCGGUGGCGAGCUCUUCCAUCAAAUCGUCCGUCUUACGUACUUUAGCGAAGACCUGGCACGUCACGUCAUCACGCAGGUGGCCAACGCUCUGGAGUAUUUGCAUGAGGAAGCUGGUGUCGUGCAUCGGGAUAUCAAACCCGAAAAUCUCUUGUUCUACCCCAUCCCCUUUGUCCCGACCAAAAACCCGAAACCCAAGCACCCCGAUGACGAAGACAAAGCGGAUGAGGGCGAAUUCGUUCACGGCCAGGGAGCCGGUGGGAUUGGAGUGAUCAAGAUUGCCGACUUUGGUCUCUCCAAGAUCAUCUGGGACAGUGUUACCCAGACGCCUUGUGGCACCGUCGGCUACACCGCCCCCGAAAUCGUCAAGGACGAGCGCUACUCCAAGAGUGUCGACAUGUGGGCGCUAGGCUGCGUGCUGUACACUCUGCUCUGCGGCUUCCCUCCAUUCUACGACGAAAGCAUUCAAGUAUUGACGGAGAAGGUGGCCCGAGGACAGUACACCUUCCUCUCGCCCUGGUGGGACGAUAUCUCCAAAUCGGCACAAGACCUCGUCUCUCAUCUGCUCACUGUCGACCCGGAGAAGCGAUACGACAUCAAGCAGUUCUUGGCGCACCCUUGGAUCCGAAAGACCAAUGAGCCCACGUAUGCCGCAUUGGACGCCCCUCCGCUCGCCACGCCGUUGUACUCGAGACAAGGCGGUGCUUCGCCCAUGAAGCCCGACUUUGCAUACCUCGACGAGACUCCGGGCGCGGGCAGACGCGGGGACUUCCGAUCCCCCGGCGCCGUCAACCUGCGCGAAGUCUUCGACGUCGGCUACUCCGUCCACCGACAAGAGGAAGAGAGCAAGCGACGCAAGAACUUCAAGCAAGGCUACCGCGGUGGAGGCGGCGCGGCGAUGAACCUCAAUGCUCUGAGCGAGGAGUACGAUGACGACGAAGACGAAGGCGUGUCGGCGCCUUUCGACCCCAAUCAACAGAACCUGCCCGCCAAGCUUCCCAAAGCCAAUGCUGCACCGGAUGUGCACGGCAUGGAGAGGCAGAUGAGGGAUACGAAGAUCUCUCCGGCGGCUCAGGCGCGGCAGACGAAUGCACCGCCGCGCUCGCAACAGCCGGCGCAGAGGGGCUAUGGCCAGCACUCGCCAGAGGUUGCGGCGGCGGCGAAGCGACAGGUGAAGAACCGUGCGGGUGCAUUUGAGUUGAGUCUGGACAAUGCCACGCUUUUGGGACGAAGAGGGAAGAAGGCGGAGGCGAGUGGACUGAGAAAUGAAGCUACUGUUGCUUCUUAGAAAUGCUGGCGCGCAGCGGCAAGUCAACGAUUGUGCUGUGUGUGUGGAUGAACUGAUUUAGAACUGGGCGCCAGUCUUUUGGGCAAGGUUCCCCUGGCGUGGGUGGAGGUUUUGAUCUGAUCGCUUUCGACGCUGUAGCUCGCCCGACCCAUUGACGCUUCUAGGCGACGAGGGGGAACCAGGAGCAGAGCAGAUGGGAUGCAGAUUAUGGAGUGGAGUCAAUUAGGGGUUGAUGGUGUUCAGAGGCUUUUACACCAUCUCAAGUCACUUUCCGGUGUUGCUUAUCCUCGUCCGUGUCUCGUACGUGAUGAUCUGAAGACCAGAUGAUCGGCGCGCUGGGGAGAGUCGAACAGAGUUCACGCUUCGCCAAUUAGAGUUAAGGGUUGACGAGGGAGGUGCAUGUGCCUCGCCGAGCGAGCAGCG